AUGGCCGGCGGACUGGUGCAGAUGUUGCAACGUCGAAACAAGACCCGCGAUGGCAAGGGCCAAAGCAUCGGCAAAAGUGACAUCGCCAAGGACGGCAACUUAGGACAUGACAUCCAAUCCCUUAUCAGAGAGCUAAAAGGAAAGUUUCGAGCCAGUAGAGCCGACGAUGAGGAACAGGACAACACUGACCCUGCACAACCCAACGGCGAAGCAUCCGACACCGAACGCCCCAUGGAGCCCUCGCAAGGUGUGGUUGGUGGCCAGCUCGAAAGCGCAGACGAAGCUCAGCAGGGGAAAGAAGAUGCUAGAGCAGUACUCACCGCAAUCUACGAGAACUGGGAUUCCACUAUUCGCGAAUACCUGCCCGACGAAUCGCACCUCGAAAGCUACGAGGGCGACUGGCCACUCGGACUUCUUCAGCUCGUGCUGCAACUUUCCAGACUCAUCGCCACCCAGGAUACUGAGGACGUACGCGAGUUUCUGAAGAAGGAGUUUGGUUCGAAGGAUAAGUAUCCGUUCAAGAAGUCGCUCAGGCUUCUUGACAUGAUCGUUCAAAUGUUGAAGGAUACACAAGAGCUAGAUGAGUCGGAUAGUCUGAUCGAUGGACGACUGGGAGAUGCUACCAACGGCUCUGAGACUGCGGGGCACGCUGCUACGACUCCAGGAGAGGCAGAUGACGAUGAAGAGCUGCAAACAGGUGUUCAGACGUCAACGUCGCCACACACAGCAUCGCCGCAAUCUACUUUUCAGAAAGCGACAAAGAGGUCUGCCGACGGCCCGCUAGGCGAUGAUGCACGACGCGAAAAGAGUCCACGAUUUGGACAGAGCACGGAUACUGCAGGUCCAGGGUCGCAGCAACCUCCCACACCCUCUGAUACCUACCGAGUCAUCACCGCACCGACCCAGGCUCUUGCUGCUGCACGAAACAGCGCAGUUAUCACGCAACUAUCUUACUCGCUCAUCUCUCUCCCGCAGAACGACUUCGCCACGCCGAGGCCCUCCACGCCUGCCGCAGAGCCAACAGUGAGCUCACCCAAGCCGAGCUGCAGGUCACGUUCGCAAGAAGGCGGAGAGGGGGCGCGUCUGAGCGCGGCUUUGGUAGUCCGCGGCUGGAUGUUGCAGUGCAUGAGGCUGAAUUUGCGGUCCAGGUGCGUUGGUGGGCGGUGCGGAGUGCUGAGCUGGAGAUUUUGA